CCUAGAAAUGGCGAUAAAAAGUAAGCUCUAGGGUUUGCGGCUAGUCGCAGAGGAAGCGAAUCACAAGCACACACACAGAGCGCCGGCUUCAUCACCGUCACCAUGGGUCGUAUGCACAGUCACGGUAAGGGUAUUUCAGCUUCAGCUUUGCCUUACAAGAGAACUCCACCAAGCUGGCUUAAGAUUUCUGCUCAAGAUGUUGAGGAUAACAUCUGCAAAUUUGCAAAGAAGGGUUUGACUCCAUCUCAGAUUGGUGUCAUUCUUCGUGACUCUCAUGGUAUUGCUCAGGUCAGGAGUGUUACUGGAAACCAGAUCUUGCGUAUCCUUAAGGCUCAUGGUCUUGCCCCUGAAAUUCCUGAGGAUCUGUACCACCUCAUCAAGAAAGCUGUUGCCAUCAGAAAGCAUUUGGAAAGGAACAGGAAGGAUAAGGAUUCCAAGUUCAGGUUGAUCCUUGUCGAGAGCAGAAUUCACAGGCUUGCUCGCUACUACAAGAAGACAAAGAAGCUUCCUCCUGUCUGGAAAUACGAGUCAUCCACUGCCAGCACGCUGGUGGCUUAGACAAUAGUUACGCAUGUGGCACGGUUUGAUACAUCCUGCAUGGAUGGUCUUCGCGUGGGGGACUCCGUCAUAGUUCAUAAGCAUUAUUAUGAUAUCAUGUUAGCUGGGACAAAAGAUGGAGUGGAUCCUAGAACAUAAAUUUUGCUUUAAAUGUUUGUUUUGGCGUUUGAGAUUCUGUACUCCGUGUAUCCUUUAAGUAUAUUUUGUGUUUUGAGCUAUUAAAUUAUCUUUUAAACAUAA